UAUCUCUCUUCAAUUUGGAUUUGUCCUGUACUUACUGCAAUCUUUAUCUACCUUAGGUAAAGCACUCACAAGAUGGGCAGUUUGGCUGUGCAGAAGACGCUGCGUAUCGGUGUCGACGUUGGAGGGACGAACACUGAUGCCGUGGUACUUGACCCUUCAUUAUCCAGUACGCCAGAACGAGGCGUCCUUGCACAGCACAAGACACCGACGACGAGCCCUAAUGUCACGGACGGCAUUGAAGCUGCUGUCCGCAUUGUGCUGGAGCAAUCCGCAAUCGACAGGAAUAGAAUUGCGUGUCUUACAAUUGGGACUACGCAUUUCGUGAAUGCAAUCGUGGAGCAUGAUGCUCGGCGAUUGUCGAAGGUGGCCAUCAUGCGGCUGUCAAAAAGCUUCACCAAGGAGAUCCCCCCCUUCUCCGAUUUCCCGCCUGCUUUGAAGAAGAUUAUGAAUGGGUAUUACUGCUUCGUUUCUGGUGGUCUCCAUAUCGAUGGCUCCGAAGAAGCUCCCAUUGUUGAAGCUGAAGUCGUAGAGCAAUGCAAGAAGAUCAAAGAGCUGGGCAUCGACGCCAUUGUUGUCUCUGGUGUCUUCUCCCCCAUUGAUGAGCACUUCAAGCAAGAAGAGCACGUGCGUAAGAUCAUCCAGCGCGAGCUUCCCGGCGUCGAUAUCGUCUGCUCUUCCGAAGUCUCCAACAUCGGAUUCCUGGAACGUGAAAACGCCUCGAUAUUGAACGCCUCGAUCCUGAAGUUUGCUAGAAAGACCAUCAGAGGGUUCAGAGCAGCAAUGAAGAGAUUGGAUCUGCAUUGUGCGCUCUACUUGACUCAGAAUGAUGGGACUCUGAUCGAUGCUCCAUCUGCUGCGAGUCUGCCAAUUCGGACAUUCUCGAGCGGGCCGACGAACUCGAUGCGCGGUGCUGCAUAUCUCGGUCUCGCUGACUUCGAAGGAAAGAAGACUUCCACCAUUGUGGUAGAUGUGGGAGGUACCACGACUGAUGUCGGCGUGUUGCUGCCCUCCGGAUUCCCUCGUCAAGCUUCGGCCUACGUUACUGUAGCAGGAGUCAAGAUCAACUUUUCAAUGCCUCAUGUCGAAUCCAUCGGACUGGGAGGAGGUUCGAUUGUUCGAAUCAACGGCGAAAGUGUGACUGUAGGACCCGACUCUGUGGGCCAUUAUUUGACCACCAAGGCCAAGGUCUUCGGCGGUGAUGUUCUUACCGCUACGGACAUCGCAGUCGCAGCCGGUGAGCCGAUUGGUGAUUCCAGCAAGGUCGCAGAUUUGACUCCCUCUUCAAUUUCUGCUGCACAAGCUAGGAUCAGGACUCUCGUGGAUCGGGUCGUAGAUAUGAUGAAGACGUCCCCCGAACCUCUUCCAGUCCUUCUGGUCGGAGGUGGAUCGGUCAUUGCCCCGAAGGAAAUCGAUGGCGUGUCCGAAGUCAUCCAACCCCCUUUCCAUUCAGUUGCCAAUGCUGUCGGUGCAGCAAUUUCGAAAGUCGGAGGCACGAUUGAUAUGAUCCAAAGCACUGCAGAGCAGACAAUUGCACAGAUCGUUGAGAAAGCAAAGGCAAUGGCAAUUGAGCGUGCGGUCGCCGCUGGUGCAAGCCGUGAGACGGUCAUGUUGGCAGAGGUAGACGCCAUGCCACUGCAAUAUGUUGCAAACCAAGUCCGUGUCAUUGCACGGGCCGUUGGAGAGUUUUCCCCUGACGCCUUCUCGGGCCAAGAUGCGGCCGCGAGCUUAGAUGCAGAAGAGGAGGAAACAUAUGCUGAGGAAUCAGCAAAAGAAUCCAAAGCCGGAGUUGAAGAUGCGACUCCCAUUAUCGACGUCGACACAUACAAGCCGACCGUCAUCAACAACCCCAAGACGGGGCAUCCCGAAUGGUUCGUCUCAGAAACUGAUGUCGAAUGGCUCGCAGAUGGAUGCUAUGUCCUCGGGUGUGCAGGCGGCGGCUCUCCAUUCUCAGAAUACAUCAAGCUGCGAGACAUGAUACGCGCCGGGUACACCAUGCGGAUCAUUGAUUCCAGCGCUCUGAAAGAAGAUGAUCUGAUCUACUGGGGCGGUCACAUGGGCUCUCCCGCCGUAUCGAACGAGCGGCUCUCGGCCAACGAAACCUACGACGCGAUGAUCGAGCUGAUGGAAUACUACAAGCACGAGUCCUUCGACGUAGCGAUGAGUCUCGAGAUCGGCGGUGCUAAUGGCCUACAGCCUCUGCUCGUCGGGAGCUCGCGCUUCUUCGACCGGCCCACCAUCGACGCAGACUGGAUGGGCCGCGCGUAUCCGACCUACUGGCAGACGACGCUCUGCGUCUACGAGACAGGGCAGCUGGUUCCGUGCGCCAUCGCGUCCGGCGAUGGGAAAUCCAUCCUGAUGACUAAGACCACCAACGACGAGAUCGUAGACCGCGCGUUGCGUGCCUCCUGCGCGGAGAUGGGCAGCCGUGUCGGAAUGGCGGCUAAGCCGACGACCAAGGAGAGGGUGGUCAAGUACUCUGUGCUCAACACGAUGAGUCUUGCAUGGCGCAUUGGGAGGUGCAUAGCUCGGGCCAAGGCACAUAACACGACAAGCUCGAUCGCGGAGCAGAUGAUUGAGGAAGUUGGGGGGCCGGAAACGGCGAAGGUGCUGUUCAGGGGGAAGAUCAUUGGGGUGGAGCGGCGGUUGUGGAAAGGGCAUUCAUAUGGCGAGAUCACAAUCCAGCAGAUUGCGGAUGAGGAGCAGGAGAGCUCGAGUGGGCUCAGAAAGACGGUGGCAGAGGGGGGGGUGCUCAAGAUCCCGUUCAAGAAUGAGAAUAUCUAUGCUAAGCAUGUGAAGGAUGAUGGGACCGAGGAGUAUGUGGCGAUGGUUCCGGAUCUGAUCGCGGUGCUGGAUACGCAGAGUGGGAAGGCUUUGGGUGUUCCGGAAUAUAGGUAUGGAGUUAUGGUUACGGUGCUCGGUAUUACGUGUAGUCCCCGGUGGAGCGAUACCCCCAAGGGGCUGGAGAUUGGGGGCCCGGCUGCUAUGGGUUAUGAUGAUGUGGUGUAUAAGCCACUGGGGAAGUAUGUUGAGCCGAAGAGCGUGGUUUUAGAAUAUGCGCCUAAGCCGUAGAUUAGAUAGCUUCGUCUUCAAAUCAAGUAUGUG